UAUCCGCAGGGUUAAACCGGGGAAAGUUAUUUCCUGAAGUUGACCAGGAGUGAAUAAGUCCUAAUUUGAGCUCUCACACCAACCCAACCCUAAACAAACACACAUACAGUAGAUGGUUUUCACGACUAAGACAUUUGGUGCCAUUACAGAAUAGCUCGGACACAAAUGAUUGAUAAUGGAACCGUCAGAGAAAUCUCAGAAUGACGACACUGAUGCAAUGGAGAGCUUGCAGGCCCAGCUAGCAGAUUGCCGAGCGCAGCUGGAGCACUGGCAGGGCGUGGCGACGAUCUGCGAACUAAGCAAACAGGAGGAGCUGGGAGAGCUGCAGAGACAGUGUGACCAGGAGAUCCAGUCUCUUCAGGAGGCCCUCAGAGAGACUGCUUCUCAGUAUGAGGCUAGAAUAUCUACUCUGCAGUCUGAGCGUGCCCAGUGGAGGAGAGCCAGUGUGCAGUCUCAGGGCAGUGUAAAGAAGGACAGGUUGGAGGCAGGAGGUAUGCAGUGCGAGGGCCAGUCGACAGACUCUCCCACCAAUAGCCUCAGAGAGCCAGGAACGGAUGGAUGGGAUAGCCAACCAGCGGAGGCUGAGGGGCCGGCGGAGGGUGAAGGGGCGGGGCUGGAGGGCUAUUUCUCCCAGAACUGUGACUCCGCUUCUUUCUCCUCCUUCUCCUUGGACACCCCCUCACUGCCCCGCCGCCCACCCCCCCAGGAAGACACCGCCUCCCUGGUCUCCACGGGAACCCUGGUGCCUGAGGCCAUCUACCUGCCCCCGCCCGGCCACCAUCUGGUCACACACACCGAAUGGGACUCGCUUAACACACAGGUUGUGGAGCUGGAGGGAGAGCUGAGUCGACUGAGGGAAGAGAGGACAGAGCUGGAGAGCGAGCUGGACACACAGACUACUGAGACACACAAACACGUCUCAGUUCUCCAGUCUCAGGUUCAGACCUCAGAGGCGCUCCUACAGGAGCUGCAGAAAUCUUUCAACCAAUCACAGAAUGCCGUCCAUAGCAGGCUGGCGGAGCUGUCUCUCUCUCAGAGGAGGGUGUGUAGCGAGCUGUCCAGGCUAAAAGGGGAGGAGACGGAUGGGGCAGGGGACGCCAACACACCACUUGGUCCUACACUACAGGGGGCACACAGUGAGGAGAGGCUGCGUAUCGAGAUCGUCAACCUGAAGGAACAACUGGAGACCCAUGUGGAGGAGAGCGAAGUUUUACAAGUGCAGCUGUCCAGUCUGAAGACAGAGAUGGAGCGGGUCCAGUGUCAGAAGGAGAAGCUGCAGUUGGAGCUACAGACCUGUCGCACCGAGCUACAAGGCCUCAGGGUGGCGCUCUCACACCUACAGGGAGACAGCAAGACUCUCAGCCAUGACAAGGCGUCCCUCCAGCAACAGUGUUUGGAGCUGCGUAGCAAGAUCAUCAGUAUGCGUUCUCAGAUGGACACCAGCCAGACGGUGCAGAGGGACUUUGUCCAGCUUUCACAGUCACUGCAGGUGAAGCUGGAGUUGAUUCGUCAGGCUGAAACUCUGGACCAGGUCAGGGAUAUCUUGGAGGAGGGGCUUCCUGAAGAGGGUGCCCUGCCCACUGAUGCCACGUGAGCCUAUCAGAGCAGCACAACAGAGCCAAAGCGACGGGAGAAACAGAAAGUAUUCCCAGGGUGACCAAUAAGAUCGAGGCUGGACAUGAAGUACAACAGUAACCAUGGAGAAAGAUUGACCACUAUCAUGACUAUCCCCACGUUGAAGAGGAGCGGGCUGAGCAAGGUGCUGUGCAUAAUCACUGAUAUACAAAUCACCUUGCAUUCCAGACACUCCUUAUGAGAUUCAGAUCUGUGCUGGCCUUGCUCAGGCCAAUCCUCUCCAACAUUGGGAAUCACUGCCUCAGCUUGUAUUGUGACUUGGAAUAUUUGUACUUUGGAGUUGUUCAAAUUCUUUCCAUAUUUGGGAGUUUUUUAAAUUUAAUUGAUCAUGUUCAAUGACCAAACACUCAUUCUAUGACCAAACUUAACCCCCUUUUUUAACUGGACUCAUUGAGAUAACUUUAAUAUUGAUAUUGAAGUUCCUGACUCGACAUUCCCGACAGUCAGAUGUGAUGAGAAACACUCCAUUACUGCUUUAGUGGAAGUCACUCAAAUGCACUAUGUUGAAAAAAGGCCAGUAUCUACUGUACGUUAUACCGUUUUAUGAUACUUCUGACGCAUGGAAAUAUACAUAUUCACACUCACCCACCUCUCAGGACCAGCGGGCAACACACACACUUUGCUUGACUUCCAAUCAUUGAUCUAAAAGCACUGCCCUUGUUGAUACCAGCGUGUAACACUAAAAACCCUGUUCCCAACCACUCCAGUGACACAAUUACCUUCAUACCUUUUUAGACUUUACCACUUUUGUAAAUGAAGAAUAAGAGAUAAGAAACUUAUAAAAGAAUGUGAAUGAAUUUGGCAUUCUCUCUUGUUGAUACUAAUUGCCUUAAUAUAUAAAUAUACAUUGAAAGACUA